AUGGCUUUCACACUUUCUCAUGCUUCUGAUCCUAGUUCUCUCCAAGACUUCUGUGUAGCUGUUGAUGAUCCUAAAAAUGGAUUGUUUGUGAACGGAAAGUUCUGCAAGAAUCCAAAUCUUGUUUCGGCUGAUGAUUUUCUAUACCGAGGACUCAACAAGGCCGGGAAUACAGCAAAUCCACUUGGAUCAGUUGUAACUCCAGUUAAUGUUGCGCAACUAAAAGGUUUGAAUACUCUUGGAAUCUCGGCAGCUCGUAUCGAUUUUGCGCCUUAUGGAUUGAAUCCACCCCACACGCACCCACGUGCCACGGAGGUACUUGUUGUCUUGGAAGGAACCCUCCUUGUGGGAUUUGUAACUUCCAACAUUCCUAAUCAAAAAAACAAACUAUUCACAAAAACAUUAUACCCCGGAGAUGUUUUUGUGUUCCCAGAAGGUCUCAUUCACUUCCAACAGAACGUGGGUAAAACAAAUGCAAUCGCGUUUGCCGGUCUAAGCAGCCAAAACCCAGGUGUUAUUACCAUUGCCAAUGCUGUGUUUGGUUCGGAUCCUAAAAUCUCUGUCGAUGUCCUUUCCAAGGCAUUUCAAGUAGACAACAAUUUGAUCAACUAUCUACAAUCUCAAUUCUGGUGGGACAACAACUAA